AUGGAUGACGAUGUCAGCGAUCUCCCCGACAUCGAUAAGAGCAUCGAAAAGCGGAAAACUGCGAAGACCAGCAGUGCCAGCAUCGCAUCUUUCGGCUCAUCUAUAGGCCGAAGAUUCAGCUUCAAAUCGUUCUCUAGUCGCAAACCAACGACCAAAGUCGAGAAGCCACGGAACGAAUUUGGCCUAAAUACUGUGUACGAACCGGACGAAACUUCGGCAGUCAUCGCAGACCUUGUUUUUGUGCAUGGUCUCGGCGGUGGUUCCAGCACAACAUGGUGUCUCAAGCAAGACGCCGAUUACUUUUGGCCAAAAGAGUGGUUACCUAAAGACCCAGACUUCAAAGGAGUCCGUAUCCACAGCUUUGGAUACAACGCGAAUUGGGCCACCUGGCUGAAGAGUCCGGUCGACAUCCAUGCUUUCGGUCAGUCUUUAGUCGAAGACCUGAGGAGCGAUCCAAAGAUCAAUAAUCUGGAUAGUCGCAUUAUCCUUCCCACACCUCCUGUUGGAAUGAUCGUCGAUCAAGAAUCCGCUACUCUAGGUUACGCUGAAGAACGCAUCCAGUUGUUAAAUGCGAACCAUCGCGAUCUAGCCAAGUUCGAGACUAAAUUGGACUCAAAUUACAGGUCUCUAAGAAACCGUCUGGCAUCAACAAUCGAUCAGAUAAGGCUCGAAAUGCAGAAGCAAACAACACCAUCGAAUUUCUCAAGUAUGGAGAUUGGUAUCAAAACUCCCGAUGCAUCGGUACUGCUAUCUUUACCAGAGCUGUAUCAAAGUAGGGCGAACGAGAUGGAGGAGAUCGCUAAGUACCUCUCCAUCGAUGCAUCAGACGACAAAAGGCUUUCAACCCUCAAUAACACAAGAAUGACUGGAUCAGGUUCCUGGCUCACUAACAGAACCAGUUUUCGGGAGUGGCGGUCGCCACCAGCACCUCGCUAUUUCUGGCUGAAGGGGACACCGGCGUCGGGGAAGUCAAUGCUCGCAAGUUAUGUUAUUGAGUUCUUACAAGACAGCCCCGUAUGUCACUACUUCUUCAACAAAGGUGAUAAGACCGACAACAACGUGAGCAGCUUUCUACGCUCCAUGGCGCUACAGAUGGCUCAGAUCAACCCUGUCGUUCGUAGCGCGAUUUUCCGGCUUUCACAGAAAGGUCCACCCAUCGAUGCUCGCAACCAGAGAACCAUCUGGAACACUGUUUUCACGAGCUGUGUGUUUCACGUUACAUUCCCUACCCCUCAUUAUUGGGUGGUUGAUGCAUUAGACGAGGCAGCCGACAGGGGCACAUUAAAUGAAUGUUUCAGUCUACUGUCCAAGAUCGACGAAAACAUCCCACUGAAGAUCUUCGUCACCAGUCGACCAGAUCCCGCAUUGGAUGAUUUGUUCGUGCAGCUUCCUCUGGUGCAAGAAUACAUAUCGCCAGAGGAUUUGUUGCCCGAUAUCUCCUCGUACGUCCAGAAAUGGUCCGCCACCUUCCCCGUUAAUACAACUCAAGAAAGAGAAAAAUUGGUUGACAAGAUUGUUCGCAUGUCUGGCGGUAGCUUCUUGUGGACCGUGCUAGUGACUAAACAGCUUCGGGAAGUUUUCACUGUCGGAGAAGUUCACGAGGUUCUAUGCGAGAUUCCUCAAGAAAUGGAUGACCUAUACACGCACAACAUCCGGAAAAUGGAGUCCCUGAGGUCAAAGAGCGCAGCAAAGCAUACAAUUACAUGGGCAAUCUGCGCUGUGCAUCCCUUGACCGUCAACCAGAUGAAGGAUGCUAUCAGGCUGACUCUGGGAAGUCCUAUAGCACGCGAUCUACGAACCAGUCUCCAAUAUCUUUGUGGAUACUUCCUCGAUAUUGAUGUGCAGUCGCGGUCCAACGAACUGUUCAACACGUUAGACAAGUUCUUCAGAACAAACGUGCUUUCCUGGAUCGAGCACGUGGCCCAUCUCAAAGAUUUGGACUGUCUUAAUCGAACUUCAAGACACCUGUCGAACUACCUCAACCGCAGGAUGGAGCAUGUUCCGUUAUUGCAAAGCGAUCUCCAUGCCUGGGCCGUCGACUUACCUAGGUUGGUAACACAGUUCGGCGUCAAUCUUCUGAGCGAUCCCGCUGCCAUCCACACACUCGUGCCGCCGUUUUGUCCUCGAGACUCUGCUGUAUACCGGCACUUCGGAUAUGCUGAGGAUGGCAUCAAGCUAGUAGGCGCGUGGAACGCAGGUUGGGGGGAUAGGAUAUGCUCCAUCUCAUAUCAUGACACCUACGCGACAGUGGCUGCUUCUCGAGACGAACGAUUCGCUGUUGGGUUGGCUGACGGCUUGGUCAAUGUCUAUCGAACCUCCACGUGCGAACACCUCCUGAGUAUGAGACAUGAAGAAUCAGUAUCAGUUCUGGAGUUUGGUUCCACAUCCAAAGUCAUCGCCUCAGCUGGUUUGCGGUUUCUAAGACUGUGGGAUGUGGUGACUGGCGUUCAACUCUUCCACAUCGCUACCGAUUCGCAAACCCUAGCUUUGACUUUCGACGAGACAGAAACGUCGGUUACAAUAGCGACCAGAGACAAGCAUGUUCUGACUUACAGAAUUUCCGAUGGCUCACCGCUACACCAGGUCCCCUGGAUUGACGCUUUCUCUGAAGACACAGACUCAGGCUUUGCACCAUCUCCGUCUGCGGCCAGGCUAUCUACAGAACAACAAACACUUGCGAUAGUCUAUCGAAGCAAGCCGGUACAGCUGUGGUCUCUGGAUAAGCAGCACCGUAUCGGGGCUUGCUUGAGACCGGCAACGCACAAGAAUGACAAGGGAGGCCACACCGUCAACUGUCUAGUCUUCAAUACCAGCUCUGCAAACCCACGACUUCUGGUGUCAUAUUGGGACGAUAUCCUGGUCAAGUUCGAUAGUAGGACUUGCAAGCCGCUCCUCACAACUGCGACAUGCGUUACGAAGAUAGCUAUGUCUUGUAAUGAAAAGACCUUUGCUGGAAGCGACGGCAAUGGCGGGAUCAAGAUUUUCGAUUUCGAGACACUCCAACCUCUCCACAGCAUACAUAUACAAGGAGAUCCGGUAUCGUCGCUCGCCUUCACUAGCGACAGCCUGCGCAUCGUGAUUCGCGGGCCACUCGUCCUCUUCGGGCAAGACACUGAAGCUCUCUCCAGCGAGCCUAGCGAAUCUGUGCACCAAAUAGUAGACGACAUUGUUGAAUCUGUUGUCAACGAGUCUGCUAUCAUAACCACCCUGCACUGUUGCGAUCAAAGUGGUAUGGCUUUCUGCGGGCGCAACGACGGACGUGUCGAUACCUGCAACCUCGACGACCCCGAGAACACUAUGCGCAACCUAUACAAGCAUGGUGGGUCCUUCAUUAGUAUUACAUGCAUGGACUGGAGUCCUAGAGCGCGUGUGAUAGCGAGUGCAGACUCUGCAGGAAAGUUUUGUAUCAUGAAAAUCACGACUGGCACACGGAGAGAAUGGAGCGCUGAGAUGAUGGUCCAGUCGAGGUUAGGCCAAGGCUGUAUUAUACGACAGAUCCUCGUCCACCCUGAGGGUUCGUUCGUACUUGUUUCCUCAUCAGAGGCGGACUCUAUAUGGUCAUUAUCAACCAAGGAGCAAGUAGCGUCACUUGACAGGCGAGAACGCAUAGCUUGGAAAUGGUUUGUUCGACCAUCUGCUCCGUCGCAACUGCUUCUUUUUGAGGACAAGAUCUUGCGGCUUUUCAGAUGGGAGGACCUUCACCAGAUCGCUGCCUCUGAGAACCCCGUGGUGCCGAUCGAGAUCGAGAGGCGCAUGUCUGGGGAACAAGCCGACGCGGAUGCCAUUUCUGUCUCAAGCGAAGGCGAUGACCUGGUCAUUCUGCAGCGAUCGCAAACCGUGCAGCACAGUGUACCGGGCCUGCGACCUCAGUCUAAUGACGCUAUGAUGACCAAGAUACGCGUCUUUGAUCUGACUACUCUGGAUCCCGAGUCUACUGAUAUCGGAGGCUCGUCGUCGCCUGAUAUGUCAAUUGACAACGCGACACAGUCUCUUAUCUUCUUGAACCCCAAGCCAUCUUCAACCCUGGGUAUUCCUCUAUCGCCAACGGCUACGCCCAAUGUCCCAUUCUCUUAUCCUUUCGGAGGCGGUCGUAGCAAGUCCUAUACUCGCUGGUCUUCCAUUAGAGAUGUCGCUGAUAUACCCGAUGUGGAGAGAAUCAUUGGUACGGUGAAAAAGUUCGAUUGGUGGCAUCUUAUUUUCCUUUCCAAGAUGGGGUGGGUCUGCUCGGUUCAGAUCGGGGAAGGCGGUCGCAAAGUCCUCGACCAAUUCCAGAAGCACUUCUUUGUUCCAUCGGUUUGGCGCACAGGCAACUCGCCUCUUAUCGCCAAGGUACGGCGGAGCCACGAUAUCGUGAUUGUACACCAAGAUGGCGUUAUUGUGGUCAAGAAUGGGUUAGACAACGGGGAGCAUGUGUCCUUCUCUUUGAGUACGCUAUGA